CCUUAUAAAUAGCUCGUCCUUAGAGCUGCCUGCACUGCCGCCUUCUGGGAUCUGCUCCCCACAGAAUGGGUCUGCUCCUGCCCCUGGUGCUCUGCGCCCUGGCUGUGGGCUCUGGGGCUACAUCUCCACCCCAGCAAGUCUUCAACCCUUCGCCUUUACUCUCCCGAGGCUGCAAUGAUUCAGAUGUGCUGUCAUUUGCUAAUUUUGUCCUGAGGGACAUCAACAGGGACCGCAAGGAUGGCUAUGUGCUGAGCCUCAACCGAGUGAGCGAUGUCCGUGAACACAGACAGGACGGACCAGCAGCUGUGUACUAUCUCACCCUAGAUGUGUUAGAGACUGACUGCCACGUGCUCAGCAGGAAACCUUGGAAGAACUGUGGAGGGAGAGCACUGCAUGAAUUAGUUUAUGGUCAAUGCAAAGCAUUAUUUUAUAUGCACAAGACAGCAAGAAUCCUCCAUACACUUUCUUAUAACUGUACUCUUCGCCCAGUUUCUCGAAGAAGCAUUCACCAAAUCUGCCCCGACUGCCCCAGCCCCAUUGAUUUAUCAGAUUCCAAGGUCUUGGAAGCUGCCACUGAGUCUCUUGCAAAAUACAACCGCGAGAGUGCCUCAAAGCAGUAUUCUCUGGUCAAAGUCACCAGGGCUUCCACCCAGUGGGUGGUUGGACCUUCAUACUUUGUGGAAUAUUUAAUUAAAGAGGCACCUUGUACCAAAUCCCAGGCCAGCAGCUGCACGCAUCAGUCUCCUGACUCAGAGCCUGUUGGCCUUUGCCAAGGGUCGCGGAUCCAAGCUCCAGGAGAAACCUUUGUCUCCGUGACUUGUAAAUUCUUUGAAUCACAGGCUCCUGAUCCUGGCAGUGAAAACUCUGCUGUUAACCAAGGCCCUGCACACCUGCCCAAGGUGGAAGAGUCCCAGCAGAAACAGGCAGCUCCCACUGAUGCACCAGCCACAGCUGUGCCAAAAGGAACUGUCCAAUACCUUCCUGACAUAGAUGAUGAGAAGCCCCGAUCAGUUGCUAGUUUAUUAAUUGAGCCAAUGGAAAGUGUUCCUGUGGGGGCCAUCCCUGUGCAUCUGGAUCUAACCAGGAAUCCCCAGGGAGAUACCCUGGAUAUCUCCUUCCUCUUCAUGGGGCCUGAGAGGAAGACAGUGCUGGUGCUACCUUUCCCCUCCAAAGAACAACGCUCUGCUGAGUGCCCAGGACCAGCCCAACAGGAAAACCCUCGUGUUCUUCCUCCAUGAGAAUCACAUCGAGGACCCUGUGGUCAUCUGGUGGCUGAAGGAGAUGAGAGGUGGUGGGAAAAGGGGAAAGAAACAAUUGAAAUGUAGAGAGUUGCUAAUAAAUACCUCUGACUCCUCUUGGUCUCAACGUGUUG